AACCCGUUUGCGCCACUUAGCUCUUUCGCAAUUAUGACAAUUGCCUCGAAACAGCAAGCCUCCAAAUUAUCUCUCCCACGUCCUGUUGAGUCUACACCACCAGCAACCCUGUUAAUGGUUAACAUUAGGAAUUUUCUCGAGUGCCUCCGACUCGCACUAUCGGCAUGAGCGGACGGCUUGUAGCAGCCGGACGCCUUCCGGCAACGCGUUCCGCCACCGCCAGCGCCGUGCGUCAAUACCACCAUCUGCCUUCCGGUGGUCUUCUUCAAGCUGACGCCUCCAUCCGGGCCACGAGACGACGCAUGUGGUUUCCAGUCAACUCCUUCCAUAACGCUGUCACUGUACGCAAUGCUUCCUUUGCCCGGUUCUUGCCGAGGCUUGUCGUCAAGUUUUUACGAGUACCUGCGUUGGCUGGUGGUUUCAUGGUAGGCGGUCUAGCGUGGAUACAAUAUCAAGCCACUCAGGCUGGAAACUAUGCCUGGGACAUUAUCAACAACACCAAAGAGACAGUGACAAAUACAGCAACAACUCUAUUCGAUGGUGCAAAGGAUGUUGCCGAUCAGACGAUGCGCGGAUGGAGAAACACCAAAGAACAGGUUGAACUACCGGAAUGGAUGCAGAAAAUAUUGAAGAUCCACGAGGAGAUCGGUACUGGGAGAGGGGAUGGCGACCCAGGUGGUGAAGAGCCACCGAAGCAAAGCAGAACCAGCGCCGGUGUAGCUGCAGGCGCUUCUGCGAUGGCAUAUGGCUACGAACAAUCAGAUGAUGACCCACGAAAUCCAGGCGAGAUAGCUAAAGACGACCAGAUGAUGGUCCUCACGAAAAAAAUGAUCGAGAUCCGGAAUAUUCUGACACGAAUUGGACAAUCGAGCACGCUAACCAUGCCAUCCAUUGUGGUUAUUGGAUCUCAGUCGUCUGGGAAGAGUUCUGUAUUAGAAGCUAUUGUUGGGCAUGAGUUUCUCCCCAAGGGUUCCAACAUGGUUACACGCAGACCGAUUGAACUUACUCUAAUCAAUACUCCCGACUCCUCCGCAGAAUAUGGCGAGUUUCCCGAUCUCGGUCUGGGCAAGAUCAGUGACUUUUCUUCCAUUCGACGAACCCUAACCGAAUUAAACCAAGCUAUCCCCGAAGCACAGUGCGUUUCAGACGAUCCAAUUCGUCUUUCAAUCUCUUCGCCCAAUGUUCCGGAUCUUUCUCUAAUCGAUCUGCCCGGGUAUAUUCAGGUUGUAGGCCAAAAUCAACCCCUGGAACUAAAACAAAAGAUCUCGGAGCUAUGUGACAAAUAUAUCCAGGCACCCAACGUGAUUCUGGCGAUCUCAGCGGCGGACGUUGAUUUAGCGAAUUCAACAGCCUUGCGGGCAAGUCGACGGGUUGAUCCCAGGGGAGAGCGGACAAUCGGCGUCGUGACAAAAAUGGACCUUGUUGAUCCAACAAGAGGUGCAGCAAUUUUGAAUGACAAGCAAUAUCCACUCCGGCUAGGAUACGUAGGUGUGGUUUCGCGCGCGCCGACCACUGCAACUGCAUUAUUCAAGAAAGACAACAGUAAUUUGACAUUGGCAAUUACCAAGAAUGAAAACACCUACUUCUCAUCCCACCCCUUGGAGUUUGGGCCUGGUGCAGAUGUUGCUGUGGGAACACAAACGUUACGGAAGAAACUCAUGCACGUUCUCGAGCAAACCAUGUCAGCCAGCUUGCAAAGCACAAGUGAUGCGAUUCGCCAAGAGCUCGAAGAAGCUACUUACGAGUUCAAGGUUCAAUAUAACGAUCGGCCCCUAUCUGCCGAAUCAUACCUUGCCGAGAGUUUGGAUGCUUUCAAGCAUUCCUUCAAACAGUUUGCCGAAGAGUUUGGACGACCUCAAAUGCUCGAGCUCCUGAAGAAUGAGCUUGAUCAACGUGUCUUGGAUCUUCUCGCCGCGAGAUAUUGGAACAAACCUGUAUACGACCUUAGCGUUCCUCCUCCAGAGCCCGAUAGCUUGGUUGAUCUUCCCAAAGCCGAUCCAAAUUCUCUUUAUUGGCGCCGACGACUCGACGCAUCUACCUCCGCGCUUACCAAACUUGGGGUAGGCAGACUGGCAACAACUGUUAUAGCAAACUCAAUUCAGUCCCAUGUAGACAGUCUCAUCAGCCAGUCGACGUUUGUCAAUCACCCCUUUGCUCGUCAAGCCAUUACCGAAGCAGCAUCAAGCAUCUUAAAUGACAGGUUCUACAGCACAAGUGACCAGGUAGAGAACUGUAUUAAGCCAUUCAAAUUUGACAUCGACAUGGAAGAACGCGAAUGGAGCGCCGGGAGAGAUCAUGCCCAGGGGGUCCUAAAGAAAGAGUUACAUGCGUGUGAAGGCGCGCUGCAAGAGCUAGAGACAGCUGUUGGGGGGAGGAGAAAGCUAAGGGAAGUCAUUAAUUUCAUUGACAAAGCGCGAAGAGGCGACGUGAUUGUUGAAGGGGAAAGUCAAUCUGGCGCAGGUGGAUUCAGUGCCUCCCUUCUCUCAAAAGGCCGUGAAGCUGUUUUUCUACGUGAUCGCGCUGACAUUCUAAAAAUGCGUUUACUUGCUGUAAAAUCCAAACAGUGCGCGAACAUGAAAAAUAAGUACCAUUGCCCUGAAGUCUUCCUCGAUGCAGUUGCCACAAAGCUAGCUUCAACAGCAGUGCUCUUUUUAAAUGUGGAGUUACUUUCCGAGUUCUACUACAACUUUCCUCGGGAGCUAGAUAUGCGACUCGGCCGCCACCUAUCUGACGACGAAGUUGAGAGGUUCGCUAAGGAAGAUCCAAAGGUCAAAAAGCAUUUGGAGGUUAUCAAGCGGAAGGAGCUCCUUGAACUUGUCCUCGAAAAAAUGAACAGCUUGAGGCAGCUAGAGAGUGGGGAACGUGAGAGAAUGAAGAGAGGCUCAAAAUCCAACGAAAAAGAACGAGGUCGAUGGGGCCUAUUUUGAUCUAAGCGCUUAUGAUUGCGAUACAUUGACGAAUAUUUUAUGAUAGGAGCAGGCGUUCCGGACGGUUGUUCCGAUAUUGUUUAUAACAGCGUCUACCUCUUGUUGCAUCACUAGAUCCUAAUGGUUCAAUAGGGUAUGUAUCAUUGUCAUGGGUUAACUAUAGAUUUAAUUUCUCUCCUCGAUGAUGUGAAGUUUCAUGUGCUCCAAUCUACAAUAUACGUAUCGAUAUAACUGUUCGAUGUGGCACCUUUGCUGAGAGCCUUGCCAACAA